AUGUACAGCGCCGCGGUAACCAAGCCGCAAGCUCUCAGAUCUCUUGACACCGUCCUUUUUGUCCACGGUCAGGCGGUAGACUCAUGUUGCUUAGAAGAAGGCUCUUCCGAUAUCCCGCAAGCCUUCCAUGUCGUGUCGAAAAACCUUCCGAUUACCGGAGACAUCGUUGGCUCCGUGAGGACGCAACUCAAGGCUAUGAACGAAGAGACAGAACAAACGAAGGAGAUGUACUUGGUUAUCAAGCAAGUAGCCGACGAUGGCUGCGCGCAACUACGGGCUCUUGAAAUUCUCUUCGACACAAUGACACAAGAGGGAAACAAGAUGGAGCGCUACGCAUCGGCUGUCAAGGGUUGCGACGGCAAGAGGGUUGAGACUAUCAUGGUAGAGCUUCUGACUAGUAUGGGUCUCAUAGCGGUUGAGCCUUUUGUUAGUCAAGAGGAAACAAGGCGUCUGCUCGAAGUUUUGGACGAAUUGAAGCGACUCCCUCCGUCUCUUGAGGAGGACCGCACCGUUGGCAUAGUCUUGAACAACAGCGGAUCGGGUAAUCAGUUCUAUCAUGGUGGAAAGGGAAAUCAAAACCAUUGCUCUGGUGGGUUUCAGGUAAAUGGUGAUAACCAGAAUGCCAGCUAUACCUAUGCGGAGAAGUCCAAAGUAGAUGAGAUAUAA